ACGUUUCGGAUUGUGACACCGGCUACUUCUCGGCGAUGACAGCGAGGAGAAAUUUUAAGAAAUCAGAACCGUGAGGGCGUAGAAAAGGCAGUGCACAGUAGCGCAGGGGGGGAAACACAACAACUUCCUCGGGGCGGUCUGCGGGGAGCUCUGGAGCUGUUGCCGGCAGAAAGGUGGGUGGAAAACUCGCUCUCGGUCUGAGAUGGAUUACCCGGAGGACUUCCUGCUGGAAGAGCUCGGUCACCUGCAGCUCUACAACGACUCGCUCUUCCAGAGCAACUUCAGCUGCCUCGACAACGUGACCGACGCCUUACUGCCGACGGGGGUGAGGGUCACCAUCGUGGUCGUCUACAUGAUUGUGUGCGUCAUCGGCCUGGUGGGGAACUUCCUGGUCAUGUAUGUCAUCAUAAGAUACACCAAGAUGAAAACGGCCACCAACAUCUACAUCUUUAACCUGGCUCUGGCUGACUCUUUGUUUCUGGCUACUUUACCUUUCCAGGGCACAGACGUGUUCCUGGGCUUCUGGCCGUUUGGGAAUGCUCUGUGCAAGGCGGUGGUGUCGAUCGACUACUACAACAUGUUCACCAGCACCUUCACCCUGACAGUGAUGAGUAUGGACAGGUAUGUGGCCGUCUGCCACCCUGUCAAGGCGCUGGACAUGAGGACUCCUCACAAGGCCAAGGUGGUGAAUAUCUGUGUGUGGGUGUUGGCGUCGGCCUUUGGCGUCCCAGCCAUGGUGCUUGGAAACGUUGAGGAGGAACAAGAGCAUAACAGCGUUGAGUGCAUUGUGGUUUUACCCGAACCGAGGAGUCACUGGGAUCCUGUCUUUGGCACCUGUGUUUUCCUUUUCUCCUUCCUCAUCCCUGUCGCUAUCAUCAGCAUCUGCUACAGCCUGAUGGUCAAGCGCCUGCGCAGCGUUCGCAUCCUGUCCGGCUCUAAGGAGAAGGACCGCAACCUUCGACGCAUCACUAGGAUGGUCCUGGUGGUGGUGGCAGCAUUUGUCGUCUGCUGGACCCCCAUCCAGAUCAUGGUCCUGGCUCAGUCGCUGGGCUUCAACCUGAGCAGCUUGUCUACUCUAGUCCUGAUGCACUUCUGCAUUGCGCUGGGCUACGUCAACAGCAGCUUGAACCCCGUGCUCUACGCCUUCCUGGACGAGAACUUCAAGCGCUGCUUCCGCGAAUUCUGCAACCCGUCGCCGUUCCGUCUCGACACCCAGCAGUCAGGACGAAUGCGGAGCAUCGCCAGGGAGGUGGCGGCAGCUUACAGCUGCAAGGCCGAUGGUGGGGGGCCUGGAGGAGGGACGCCUAAUCCAGCAUGACUAGGCGUGGAGCUCCCCUUGGUGGGGGUAGACCCCCAGCAGAGGGGAGAGAACCAGGGGACAGGGAACUCCAACACAGAAUUGACGCAGAUUACAGCUCUCUA